CCUUAUUAAAUAGAUUUGUGUGAAUUGUUGCCACGUGGAUAAAAUACAAUCAAAAUGCAGAUUUUUGUGAAGACUCUCACUGGUAAGACUAUUACCCUGGAGGUCGAGCCCUCGGACACCAUUGAUAAUGUCAAGGCUAAGAUUCAGGACAAAGAGGGAAUCCCACCGGACCAGCAGCGACUCAUCUUCGCCGGAAAACAGCUGGAGGAUGGCCGAACAUUGUCGGAUUACAACAUCCAAAAAGAGAGCACUCUGCACUUGGUGCUGCGUCUAAGGGGAGGAGUAAUUGAGCCCUCUCUGAAGAUUCUGGCUCAAAAAUACAACUGCGACAAGAUGAUCUGCCGAAAGUGUUAUGCUAGACUACCGCCCAGGGCUACCAACUGCCGAAAGAAGAAGUGCGGACAUUCGAGCGACCUCCGAGUCAAGAAGAAGCUGAAGUAAACUUCCUAUCACGCUCUUUGUCGAGAAGCAUUUCAUUCGAUUACAUCAGAAAGCCAUCGAUUUUACCUUCAGAUAUUGUUAAGCUACAGUUAAUCUUAGAACGGUUGUAAAUGCAAUUGUUAGUUUGGUUGAUGCUCUUUUUGAAUGAAUUGAAAUGUUCUCGGUCUCA